AUGCCUGUUGCUUCAUUGUCUGGUUCUGCAGCUGUCCAUGUUCCUUCUACCAAAGAUGAGUUAGAUGAUACUACAAAAACACCUAUGACCUUAUCUGAAUCAACCAGCACAGAUAUUAGAAAUGUCAUUGGCUUUGAGUUUAAGCCUAAUGUAAUCAGAAAAUUGCAUCCAUCUGUAAUUAGUGGAUUAUUUGAUGAUUUUCCACAUCAUUGCAGCAUUUGUGGCCUUAAGCUCAAAUUCCAAGAACAGUUUAAUAGACACUUGGAGUGGCACGACACAAGAGAAAGAGAACACAGGGGUUUAACUACAACAUCAAGAUGGUAUCUGAAGUCAACUGACUGGGUUGCUGGCCAAGCUGAAUGUUCACCUGAAAAUGAGUUUACUGAUUCUGUAGAUUCACAAGACAAGAAAACAGACGAAAGUCAAGAGGAUGCAAUGGUUCUAGCAGAUGAAAAACAAUGCUUAUGUGUGGUGUGUGGCGAGCUAUUUGAAGACGUUUACUAUCCGGAAAAUAGCGAGUGGAUGUUCAAAGGGGAUGUUUACGUGACUGGCUCUGAUAGCGAUAAUGAGAUUGGAAUCAAAGAUACGAGUUCUGGAAGGGGUCCCAUCAUUCACACAAGAUGCUUAUCAGAGAACUCGUUAUCAAGUGUCAUCAAGAUGGAACAGGAUUGA